AUGUCUCCAUCAGCUGGCGGGAGAUCACGCUACCACCACCCCAUCUGGGGUCCCACGUGGCCUCCCGAGCGCGAUAUUGUGAGUCUGGCGAAACCCCCCGUCCCCCUCGCCCGCGCCAACGGACACUUUCCCCGCUCUUAUCACUCACUUCUCCUUUUAAGCCACGGCCACUCAGACCGAAAACCCAGACAAGAGGGAAACAUGGCCUAUGGCCCCAUUGGAUGA